AUGGCCAGGUUCACUUCAAUCAUAUUUGUAUUAGUUAACUGUAUGCCUUUCGAGAUAGCAGCACAGGGCAGAUGUAGUACCGCAGGGCUUGCAGGCUUAGAAGAAUGUAAAUGUAAUUUCUUCGGUGCCUGUGAUGUUCGUGGAAUAGCAAAGCCUGGCUUGAACAUAUCAGAUUAUUCACCAAACGGUCUAGAAGCGUACGUACAUGUCAAGGGUUUCUUCGGACAAAACUUGGCUUUUUUAUGCGAAGGUGAAGGUAAAGAUGUGGCAAUACUUUAUGACUGUAACAAUCGAAUACCGUUGUAUGCAGCGACGGUAAUUACAGGAAGCAAACUGUCGGUGCGGCACGACAAAGGACGUCGGAAGGGGGCAGAGGGUAAAUUUCGACCCAGCACGAAGCUGGAUAUAUCUUUUCAGCAGAAUGAAAAUGACUACUUUAAGGCUGCAAACCGAGAACUAAAAAUUCACCUCAAAAGAAAGCGCACGUAUGGCGAUAUGGACGAUGUAGUCCCAGACGAUGACUGGCUUAAGUCAAAGAACGCACCGGUGUCUUCGCCUAAGAGAUUUACCAUUGCGAUGCACAGGGGACAUCUGAUAGCAUCCAUGUUUGGCAUAGGGGAUUUCGAAAAAAAGAAACAGACUUUCGUUUACACUAAUGCUGUUCCCCAGUUUGGAGAUUUCAAUUCUGUUCCGUGGAGAACUUGCGAGCAGAGGCUCAUUACAUGGGGUCGACUGAAUUGUAUAAACGCGGGAACAAAAAGUGAGGGACGAAACGUUCAGAUGUUCAUUGUUGUCGGUGCGAUUCCCUCAACCAUUGAUAAAGAUCCCAAAAAAUGGAGAUUCUUCGGCAGCGGCGGAUUCAGUAUCCUUCAAGACGAUACAAGCUUUCGCGUAAACGUUCCCUUAGCAAUGUGGACUGCUGCAUGCUGUACCUAUGAUUACACAAAAGACAAAAGCAGCUUCUCCGCUACCCAGAGUACUGCGUUCUGGAGAGAAAAUAAACCAGGGAAAGAAGAAUGCAAAAGAAUUGACGUAAAUGCGUUGGAAGUUAAGCUGACUUGGUGGGGAGGCGCUCAAGUAAAUUUGUUUCCCUCCUCCACUAACUGCCGGAAUAGUACCAACUAUGUACCACUGCCAUAA